UCUCUCUCUCUCUAUAUCUACCCCUCUCUCUCUCUUUCUGAGUAUGAAUGUUAUAUAUAGAGACGAAGCUGACCCUUUUUGCUUUUCCGAGGAACGCCCCCAAACUUCCUCUGCCUCCUCUUCACCACCAACCAACACAAGAAGCCAAAUUUACAUCACAGUGGCUCUGUUCUCUCUUUCUCUCUCUAAGACUCUCUCACUUUCUCUCUCUACAACAGAAUCGAAAAGGAAAGAUCGAUAAAAGGGAGCUCUUUUCAUCCUCAAGAACAGUCUUUCAUACCUCACACCUCAAAAACUUUUUUCGACUCAUCUCCAAAUAAUCAGAGGUAUUUGUUAAUUGGUGUUUGCAGCAAUGAGAACAGAACGCAUGAAGAUUUCCAAGUCUUCGUGGCCUAAAUUGGUUGUGAGAAAAUGGUUAAAUAUAAAGAGCGGUGCAGAUGAAUUUCAUUCCGAUUACAUGAUGAGAGCUAUAGUGAAUAGAAGAAGUGAGAGAAGGAAGAGUUGCUCGGACGAGGACCGCUACGUUGUCGUACCGGAGGAGGAAUUCUCGGAAGGGUGGUUGAUGCAAGCUAGUGAUGGUAUUGAACGGUCAAGAUUCGAAGCGGAUGUGCCAGCUGUCACCGAUACACUCAACCUCAGGAUGUUCGUGGGGACAUGGAAUGUGGGAGGGAAGUCACCCCAUGAAGAAUUGAACUUGAGGGAUUGGCUAAGGACACCUGCCCCAGCUGACAUCUAUGUUCUUGGGUUUCAGGAAAUCGUACCCUUAAAUGCAGGCAAUGUACUAGGAGCUGAGGACAACGGUCCAGCUGCCAAGUGGCUCUCUCUCAUUCGCCGAGCUUUGAACAGCAACCAAAAUGACCAAGGUGUUCCAGAUUACCACAAUAAUGCCACUGACCAGUGUGAUCAGCAUCAACCAAGUCUAAAACCCAGAGUCAGCUUCUCUGAUUUGCUCUCAUUAGAAAAUGAUCUUAACCAGAAAGAAGAUUUUGACAGAUAUUUGACUUUGAACUCGAACCCUUGUGAAGAAGGCUCACCGAGUCCUCCUCGAACGUCGGUCAGCCAUGGAGCUAGUCCAAUGCAGCAGCAAUUGUACUGCAUGGCAGCUAGUAAGCAGAUGGUAGGACUAUUUUUAUGCGUGUGGGUACGCACUGAUCUAUAUAGGCACAUUAGCAAUUUGAAGGUCUCAUGUGUUGGAAGGGGCAUUAUGGGAUAUCUUGGUAAUAAGGGGUCGAUAUCUAUUAGCAUGACAUUGCACCAGACAACAAUGUGCUUCGUUUGUACCCAUUUAGCCUCUGGAGAGAAAGAAGGUGAUGAGGUCAGAAGAAAUUUGGAUGUCGUGGAAAUAUUGAAGAAAACUAGGUUUUCUCAUUCAUGUAGAGUACCGGGACAACCAGCUCCUCCUGAUAACAUUUUGGAACACGACAAGGUUAUAUGGCUUGGAGAUCUGAAUUAUCGACUUGCAUCUGCUGGUUGUGGGGAUAGAACACAUGAGCUACUAAAGAAAAACGAUUGGCAAGCACUUUUGGAGAAAGAUCAGUUGAAGAUAGAGCAAAGAGCUGGCCGCGUAUUCACGGGGUGGGAAGAAGGAAGAAUAUAUUUUGCACCAACGUACAAAUACCUUGCCAAUUCUGACCAUUAUGUUGCCCAAACCUCCACAUCUAAAGAGAAGCGACGAACUCCUGCCUGGUGUGACAGAAUAUUAUGGAAAGGUGAGGGACUAAAGCAAAUGUGGUAUGUGAGGGGGGAGUCCAAAUUCUCAGACCACAGACCAGUCUAUUCACUAUUCUCAGUCCAAGUCAAUGUGGCCAGCAACAAAAAGCCCAAGCCCAUGCCCAUUAGCUCUGUCGCCGCUAAACAAACCACAAUCAGAGCACCACCACCACCACUUUCAUCUCCAUGCGUGGCCAAAGUCGAAGCAGAAGAAUUCUUGUUCCUAACUAGGGCACAAAGCUGCAUAGAAAGCACACCAAGGUUCUCAGUCACAACCCAAAAGCAACUGACCAAUAGGAGUAUCGCAGCUGUAAAAUACUGACAUAUAAUGGGCUGACAAGUGGACACGAGCAACGAGAAGCAUCCUCCCUGACACCCAAGUGCAAUGUGGGCUGUAAUGUUCAUGAUUGGCCCAACCCAACCCAUCCCAACCCAUGAGUUUUCAAUGUUUUACCUGAAAUGGCAUCACAUGCGCGUGCACCCAAACAGCACGCUUGAUGCAUGACACGUGGGUUGAUCAGGUGACAGUUGAAUUCGAUGAUUAUGAUGAAUGGGGUGGUGGUUAAGCUGGGGAUAUAUAUAGUGAUUAUAUAUAUAUACAUAUAGAGAGAAUGAGGAUGGAUAUAGAGAAGUGGCUGCAGAUAUGUGGGAUUUUUGGGUCAUGCGUGUUUAUACUUUGGGGUCUGAGCUUUUGACUUUUGAGUGAAGAAUGAACUUCACAGCUUUUUGCAGAAGAGGGUGUUCACAUUUUCUUGGGUAUGUGAUAGAUUAAAAGCAAAGUGUAUAACAAAAGGUGAAUGACUUUACAGAAAGAGAGUUUUGUUAUAGGAUUUUGGGGGUAUAUAUAGGAGGUAGUUUAUUGGGAGGUUGAUAUUGGUCAUUUUUGUUUGAUGUCCACUGUAGCCUCUUGCCAAUUUUGUUAAUUGUUAAUACAAUUUGUUUUCUUAAAUGGGAAUUUUUUGCACUGAA